AUGGCGAAAUCCGUGGACAAUAUUUUUAAUUUGAUUCUUCUGGAUGAACUCUUCGGCAAUAGUGUUGUAUUGGCUAUUUCAUUGUAUUAUGUCAUGAUGUGCAUAAGCGUGCAGAAUGCGUAUUAUCAAUGCAAUUGGUACCAGAUGCCGCUCAGUUUCAGGAAAUGCCUAUUAAUAUGUAUGAUUCGUGGCCAAGUUAUACUCUAUUUAACAGCCGGAAGAUUUUAUAUAUUUUCUUUAAACAGUUUUACAGACGAUCAAAAAGACUUAGAUCGUGCGGCCAAGGUGUUAUCUUGGAACAAACGGCUAAUGUCGACGCUGGGUCUUUGGCCUUUUCAAUCCAACGAUCUUAUCUUCUCGAUUAAUUUUGGCUACUUCGCUUUGCUCUUGAUUCUGGAGUAUCUGGACUUCUUUCUUUACAUCGGUGAUUUUGAGCACGUGAUCAUGAAUUUGACAGAGAGCAUAGCAUUUGUUCAAAUAUUUGUGCGAAUGAGUACGCUAAGGUUAUAUAACGAUGAAAUUGGUGAAGUCAUAACGGAGGCCAUGAAGGAUUUUGAUAAGGCAAAUUAUAAAACCGCCGAAGAAAUUAAAACAUUCGUCACUUACUAUGCUAAGUCGAGGAUCUUUUUUAAGCUGAUGAUGGUGUUUGUCACGAUAACGGCUUCAUCAUACUAUUUGACUCCGAUUCUUAUUAUUCUCGGGAAUGGAGGACUACCCGAAAUAGUGACCAAGGAAAACGUGACUCAAAUAAUUUACCUAUUGCCUUAUCGCUUUCAUGUGUUGUACGCGAUUGAGAAUAUGCGUACGUACACGAUUACAUACGCCUGGCAAAUGCCGUUUGCCUUCAUCAGUGCUUUUGGACAAAGCACCGCUGACUGUAUUAUGAUUACCCUCGUCUUUCACAUUUGCGGUCAAAUGUCGGUUCUUGCUUUGCGCAUUAACAAUAUAGAUACCGAAGUCUGUGAUUGUGGACCUGAGAUGCGACAUGUGAUGCUCAUGCAUGUACGAUUAUUACGAAUGGGAAAGAUAAUAGGAAAAGCAUUUAGUGCAACAUUGCUGGCGCAUCUUUUAGGAGCUACUUGUCUCGUAAGCAUCCUCGGUUAUCAAAUGUUAACGAAUCUUUCUAAGGGUGAGACAGGAGUUGUUGCACUUUUGGUGAAAUUCUUUAUAUUCAUAUUCUUAGUCCUGCUUAUACUUUAUGCUCAUUGUACUAUCGGCGAGAAUCUUUUGACAGAGAGUGCUAAAGUGUGUGAAGCGUUUUAUAAUUGCCGUUGGUAUGACAUGUCAAAGAACAAUGCGCGAAUGCUAAUAUUAUGCAUGGCAAGAUCGCAGAAACCCCUCUGCCUGAUAGCUGGAAAAUUUACCAUGUUUUGCCUCAGCACUUUAACUGACGUUUUGAAAACAUCCAUGGGAUAUUUAUCAGUAUUACGUUCUCUCUUAUAACAUCAUUGAAGAGCAAUAAUUUU